GUGAUGUGCGCGGUGCUGCUUUUUUCAAAAAAACCGAAGUCCUUCCCGACGAAAACUAGAUGUGGGGAAGGAUCAAGGAAUGUUAUUGAUCUUUUGGCAGCGCGAGUUACUUCCAGCACAACCAUAACGUCUGCUUGUAAUGAAAUAAAAGCCCAUGGUAGCGAAGUCACUGGAAGUCACACAACAGUUGUUUGAAAGAAGACCCAGCAUUUAGCCAUUUACUAUUAUUAUCAAUAGUAUGACCCCAUGAACUUACUUCCGUUCGUUGUAGGUCUGUAUGUCGUUCACUGGAGCACGCCUGUCUUUCAUGAUGACUGAAGGGCGGCCCGCACAGAAACCCAAAUCCGAGCUGCGGCAAUGGAGAGCUUGGCUGGCUGUGUUCGGUGGAGCGCUGGUGCACCUCACCUUAGGGACUGUAUACACAUUUGGUAAUAUGAGCCCAUACAUCACAUCCUAUAUCAGAGAGCAUGGACAACAGAAAGACAUCACCUAUGGGACGUCAGUGUGGAUAUAUGCCUGUGCUAUCAUAGGCCAGGGCAGUAGUAUGUAUUUUGGUGGCAUCCUUGGUAGAUUGAUUGGACCACGCUGGACAACUCUGAUCGGUUCCCUUCUUAGCAGUGGUGGUGUGGCCCUGUCGUACUUUGCCAUCGUCAACUUUUAUGCCCUCUGUGCCACGUACGGGUUGAUGUUUGGCCUCGGUGUGGGCCUGGCGUACGUCAACCCGCUGAGCUGUGCGAUGAGGUGGAUGCCUAGCCACCGUGGCUUUGCCAAUGGCAUAGUGGUGGCUGGCUUCGGCGCCGGUGCACUGAUCUUUGACCAGGUGCAGACCAAGUACAUCAAUCCGCACAAUCUCAAGGUGUCAGUGCAUGAGCACGGCUCCUGCGGUAAAGAAGAGAGCUACUUUGGUGGCAAGGAUCCGAAGCAAGCCGAGCUACUGGAGCGCGUGCCCCAUUGCUUCUUGCUGCUGGGGUUGAUCUACGCGUGCAUGCAGAUUGUAGGCUGUCUGUUGCUGUCCAAUCCUCCGGAAGCAGAGCCUGAGGCACAGGGCUAUAAGAAGGUCAGUGCCGAGGAACCAAUAGGAGAUGUUAUGGAAUCGUCUGAGUCGACUUCAGGGGCACUGGAUAGCGCCCCUCGCUACCAGAUCGACCUCAACUGUGGCUGCUCUCGCGUCAAGAUGGGACCCAUUCACCGGCCGGCCACGAGUCGGUCGUUCUUCGGCGAGGACUUGUCACCGAAGCGUGCCGUUCCCACUUGGCUUUUUGCUAUCCUGUGGCUGACGUUCUUGGUCAAUGGACAAGCAGUUACCUAUGUGGCUACGCUGUACAAGGCGUUCGGCCAGUCUGUGCACAUUGGCAGUGAUCAUUUCCUGGCCAACGUGGGCACAAUUGCAUCACCAUUCAAUGCCUUUGCUCGCAUCUUCUGGGGAUUUAUCGCCGACCGCUACUCGUACAGGACUGCCAUGUUCUCCAUGACGUCCAUCUGCACUGUGCUGCUAUGCUCCUUCUACUUCACACCACAUCUUGGUCCAGCGGCCUACGCCAUCUGGGUGGCACUGCUCUUCUUCUGCCUGGGCGGAAACUUCUCCCUGUUCCCCUUUGCCACCGCCACGACGUUUGGUGACAAGUUUGUUGGUCCAAACUACGGCAUGAUAUUUUCCUCACAGGUCAUAUCAGGAGUACUUGGUGCAUCUCUGACAUCCAACCUCAUCUGCAAACUGGGCUAUGCUGGUUUGAUCCCGUUAUGUGCUGGCUUUCAGUUCAUCGGUGUUCUUCUGGCUCUGGUAUUCCCGUACCCCAGUCAAGUAGCAGCAUCACAGCAGAGGACUGUACAGCAGUAGUACAGUAGUAAGUACAUGUAAUAGUGUUUGUGAAGACGGCGGUGUCGCCAGCCAGCUGCCGUGUUCCACACUCUCUAUUUCGCCUGUGUGGUGAUGGCUCACUGUGCGUUGUGAAGAUGAUGCCUGGCCUGUGCAAGUUUGAAACCAGGGCACUUCACUGCAGUGCGGUGAUAGGACACAGCGAGUGCGUGUUGGAGAACAUUGGGUUUACCUUUUUUUGCAGCCAUGAUUCUAUCUUCCAUAUACAUACGUUGUUGAUAGUAACUUGAUAUCAUUUUCUACCGUGCUUGGCCAAGUUUGGGUGAGAUUUCCUAGCUCAGGUCUGGAUCCUGUAGUGCAAUUUUAUUAUCCCUGAUCCUCUCCACUGCCGCAUUCUGUGCAGUGUCUCAUUUUCACGUCAGGUCAUGCUGGACAUGGCUUCAUUUUCAUUUUUCAAUAUUCAUAAUAAUUUAUUUGCGGCAUUUUCUGCUGUGUGAGAUUCUUUACUUUUUAGUCCAUUCCCUUUCCACGGUCUGUACCGUUACUAAAUACUACAUACUGCUAUAGUUGAUGCUGCUUGUUCAUUAAGAGUUUUGACGUCGCUGCCCUGACCCAUCAGAGCACUACACAUUCAAUCUACCUUUUAAAAUUUAUUGUAUAUUCACACUAUCCACCAGAGUACUUGAGCAAUAGCUCACUUAUGUCCAUCAUUCAGCAGUCCAUCAAACAUGAAUAUGACACUGUAAGAAAUACCCGAUCGCCUACAAGUUACUUGUUGAGCAUUUUGUAAGAAAUAGACGUCAAGGA